AAGAUGAUGUUGUUGUUGGUAGUGGUGGUGGUGGGUGUGGGUGUGGGUGUGGGUGUGUGUGAGCCAGCCAAGUACAGUGAACCAAGAUGUUACCCACACACACACUAUGUUACCAGUCAUCAAACACAGGUGAAACAGGUACCGGUCUACAGCACAGUGUACAAGAAGGAGUACGUACCCACCACGCUCUACAAGACUGUACAGAAGACCCUCUACAACACCAUCUACAAGACUGAGUACAUACCAAAGUAUAUCACUACCACCAACUACCAAACCCAAGUAAAGUACGCGACGGAUUACCAAACACAAUAUAAAACCAUCUACCAUACGAACCACGUCACCAAGACCGCGUAUGUGCCUAAGUACAUCACAGAGACGGCUUAUAACACCGUGUACAAGACAGAUAUACAGUACCAAACGGUGUACAAAACAGAAUACGUCCCGAAGUACAUUACCAAAACACAACUGCAGUACCAAACUAACUACAAAACGCAAAUAGUACCGCAGUACCGUACAGUAGUUAAUACCGUACACAGCUACAAGACACUAUGCCCAAAACCGUCCUAUCGUGGGUACUAAGUCACUGAUUGGUUGAUAAUUACUCGUCUCUUGGUGGUGAUUGGUUGAUUCCACUUGAUGACACUUGUAUUUUGAUGCUCACUGGAUGGCAACACCAGUAUCUCAAAGCUGAUUGGAUGAUGGGACUACUUAACUUGAUGGUGAUUGGUUGUUGAUGCUUGUAUUUUGAUGCUCACUGGAUGGCAACACCAGUUUGAUUUAACCCCAAGAGUAUGAUGAUUUAACCCCUUGAGUAUGAUGACUUAACCCCUUGAGUAUGAUGAUUUAACCCCUUGAGUAUGA